GCGAGCGUGUGAUCCAAAAUGGCGCUGAAUCAAGACGUGGUGGAGCAGUUGUCCAAGAGUAAUCCCGUCGUCAGGGUCGACCAGAAUUCCGAGUCCGAUCUCCAGGCACUCUUCGACACCGUCCUGAAGCCCGACUCGAAGCGGCCGCUGCAGGUGCCGCUGCGCAUGCGCAAUUUGCCGGAUUCCUUCUUCAAUCCACCGUCCACCGGCAGCAAGAGCCCCUCGAUCUCGCACUCGCGCGAGAACUCCGCGGAUUCCGCGUUCGGUGCCGCCGUCCCUGCGACCCCGAACGGCGGCAGCGUGCCUAACGGUGGCACGAACGGCGGCAGCGGCGCCGGCGGUGAAAACGGCACCGCGAACGCGAUCGCCGCGGCCGCCGCGGUGGCCGCCGCGGCCGGUCUCACCGUUUCUCAUCCCCGCGCCCACAGCAGCCCGGCCUCCCUCCAGCAGACGUACGCGUCGGCACAGCAAGCGCCGCAACACGCGCCGCAGCCGCACGCGCGUCACCAUCAUCAUCAGAAGCAGCGCAGCUACGACGUCAUCAGCACGGUCGACGACCUGGGCCCGCUGCCGCACGGAUGGGAGCAGGCGCGCACCCCCGAGGGCCAGAUCUACUUCCUCAAUCACCUGACACGCACCACGACAUGGGAAGAUCCGCGGAAAACGGCCGCAGCCGCAAGCGUAGCCGCAGUAGCCGCGGCAGUCGAGAGCAGCAAAUCCAAUGCGCUCGGUCCAUUGCCCGAUGGAUGGGAACAGGCGCGUACAGCCGAGGGCGAGAUCUAUUUCAUCAAUCAUCAGACUCGCACCACUUCCUGGUUCGAUCCGCGAAUCCCAUCGCAUCUCCAAAGAACUCCGGCGUCCGGCGCGAUGCUGCCACAAAACUGGCAACUUCAACAACCCACCGGCAUCCAAAACAACCAGAAUUUGCAAGCCUGUCAGAAGCAGAAGAUUCGCCUCCAAUCGUUGCAGCUGGAACGUGAACGUUUGAAGCAGCGACAACAGGAAAUUAUGCGCCAGGUUGGCAUUCAACAAGAGAUGAUGCUGCGACAGAGCACCACAGACGCCGUCAUGGAUCCGUUUUUGUCAGGCAUUAACGAGCAGCAUGCACGCCAGGAGAGCGCCGACAGCGGCUUGGGACUCGGUACUGCAUAUUCAAUGCCUCAGGCUUCCGAUGACUUCCUCAACAUAGACGAAAACAUGGAUGGCACGAGCGAAAGGCACUGUGCGUUGAAUGAUCUUACGAAACGAUUAUACCGAAGCCAUAAAUACAUAAACGGAGGUGCGCCGAUGGACACGCCGGAUCUCUCAACCUUAAGUGACAACAUCGAUUCGACAGAUGAUCUCUUGCCGUCGCUGCAGCUGAACGAGGAGUUCAGCACCGAUAUUUUGGACGACGUGCAGUCACUCAUAAAUCCUAACACGACCAAGCCGGAGAACGUGCUGACUUGGCUAUAGGAUUAGAAGUGAUACUGCGGCGGAUGUCGGUCUAUUUAAAAGGAUAGGUAUUCAGGUUCUCGAAGUGGAAACUUUAUUCAAAUCUAGAUAUUAA